GAGUACCAGUCGUGUAACACCCAGCCCUGUCCUGACCUGAAGAAGACCACCCCCUGGACCCCCUGGACGCCGGUCAACAUCUCGGACAACGGCGGUCACUACGAGCAGCGGUUCCGGUACACCUGUAAGGCCCGUGUCCCUGAACCUGCUCUGUUGGAGGUGGGCCGACAGAGGAUAGAGAUGAGGUACUGCUCCAGGGACGGCUCCACUGGAUGCUCUGCUGACAGAGAUCUGCUGCGGUCGGGUAAGAUCUCCGGCCACACUGGGAACAGAGACUGGACAUCCUGGAGCUCCUGGUCUCAGUGCAGUAGAGACUGCAGCCGAGGGAUACGUAGCCGUAAACGGUUCUGUGACUCCCUUGAACCAACGCACGGAGGACAGACCUGCCUGGGACCUGCUCAGGAAUACCAGGAGUGUAACAUCACACCCUGCCCAGGGUUCUACCUGAAGGGAAAGAAAGCAUUGUAA